AUGAUCUACAGUCGUGGCAUCACCGAGCAGCCCGGCUUUAUGUCCACGGAUGACGGGGGUGCCGAGAGUCGUACGGAGCGUCGGUGGCAAUUGACGCAGGCAGCCAUAGAGCCGGAGAUACAGCGCAUAAUAGGUGGUAAUAGCGAGCUACGCCUCCGAGGGGUACAAGCACCGGCAUUAGAAGCUAUUCAGCGAGGCCAGAGCCCGGUGGUGGCCGUUAUACCAACCGGGGGUGGAAAAAGCUUACUUUUCAUGCUUCCCGCGUGGAUCAGCCCCCGUGGGGUCACGGUGGUGGUAGUGCCAUUAAUUGCAUUACGCGGUGAUAUGGUGCAUCGAUGCCGGCAGCUCGGCAUUUCAUGCGUGGCGUGGGAGAGCCGUCGGCCGGCAGACCAGGCAUCCAUUGUGCUAGUGACGCUAGAGUCAGCUAUUACGGAGGAUUUCAUGACAUUUUUGAACCGGCAGCGGCUAUGUCAUCGGUUAGAUCGCAUUGUGAUCGAUAAAUACCACGUCGUAUUAAACGAUCAGACCAAUUUCAGGCCCGCCAUAGCUCAAUUAGGUCGAUUGCUCGUGGCUCAGGCUCAGAUGAUAUAUUUGACUGCCACGCUGCCACCGACGGCCGAAAACCAGCUAUUUCAACGGCUACGCACGUCGCGAGAGAAGGUAGAGGAACCCAAUAUAGUACGAUUUAUUGGAGACCGUAUUAGACGCGCGCGUGCGAACGGCCGGGUGGUCAUUUACGGGCCCACCACCAACACUAUCGAGAAACUAGCCCAGUUAGUCGAAUGUGAGGCAUAUCACAGCCGUACGAUCGACCGCUAUGGCGUACUAGCCCGUUUCCAGGCCGAUACCACAGGGGUAGUGGCCGCUACUAGCGCGCUAGGAAUAGGUGUUGAUAUACCCAAUAUUCGCAGUAUUAUUCAUAUUGGAUUGCCACGCAGCUUAUUAGACUACGCGCAAGAGAGCGGCCGUGCUAGCCGAGACGGGCUUCGCAGACCAAUUAGCAAUUCAUUGCCAAUUGAUAAUUCGACGCCACGGGAGCUGACACAUUCAUUGCCAACGCGCGUGGCCCGUCCAUUGAUCCCCACGCAUACAAUUGACCAGUUCCAGCGGCUAGACCGUGAGAGACAGGUGGUCCAAGAGUGGUGUACUCAGCGUGGGCUCGAAGACCGGCAUGAUUUAUACGAGUGCCGGGCCCAGACCCAGUACGGCAAUAACUCCCCGAAAGGCUGGUGGUUACGGGUACGCCGGCAGGUCAAAUAUGCCGCAUUCGGUGGUUACUACGGGUAU